UGUCGGUUACCUGGACUGGAAAAAAAGUUAUUCGCUUCAUUCAAAGACGAUUGGAUAUUUGUGUCUUUAAAAUUACUGGACUGUUAUCAACUUUGGUUUUUCUACGACAAAUGUUCGCGAACAUGCGGACCUCCUGGAUAUUUCUGGGUGUAUUCUCUGUUUUCACUCUGUUUCCCGUGGAGGCCACUUACAGAUAUGGAUCAAUGUGUCAGUGCUAUGGAAGAUCACACUACUGCACUGUGGACCAUCAAGGCUUGCAUUGUCUGAACUGCCAGGAUAACACAGAGGGUCGACACUGUGAGAGGUGUAAGGAGGGCUUUUACCACCAGAGGGCGGGAGAGAAGUGCCAGGCUUGCGGCUGCAACCCAACAGGUUCAGUCAGUCCUGGAUGUGACAGCCAAGGCCGUUGCAGCUGUAAGCCAGGUAUCCAGGGAGAUAAGUGUGACCGCUGCCCCAAUGGACUUCCACUCACUCAGAGCAACUGCGCCAAGAGCUGUCGUCUCUCUAGCAGCAGCGGCGGCCAGCUAGCUAACGACCUGCCUGCGUGCCUGCCCUGUUUCUGCAGUGGGCACUCCUCUGAGUGCACAGCGGCAGAAGGCUACUCCGUCCACGACAUCACCUCCACCUUCGACAACGGGCCAGAGGGGUGGCGAGCUGCUUUAGCCAAUGGCAUGACCCCAUCUAAUUUGCACUUCCGCUGGUCCCCCACGCACAGGGACCUCGAGGUCAUCUCAGAGGACAGCAUGCCGGUCUACCUGUUUGCUCCAGAUGCAUUUUUGGGUGACCAGUCCCUGAGCUACGGUCAGUCCUUGUCCUUUUUGCUGCGGCUUGACCGGGGAGUCCGCCGGCCAUCUGUAUCCGAUGUGGUGCUGGAGGGGGCGGGGCUGAGGGUUGCCGCUCCUCUGGGGAAUCUGCGGACCAUUCUGCCCUGUGGCCAGAAGACUACCUAUACCUUCAGACUAACAGAGGAUCCGAGCAAUAAGUGGCAGCCCCAGCUCACCAGCCUCCAGUUCCAGAAGCUUCUGCAGAACCUGACUGCCAUCAUGAUCCGGGGGACUUUUGGUGAAAAUGGUCGCGGUUACCUUGACAACGUGUAUCUGACAUCGGCCCGCCGUGGGCCCGGUGUCGCCGCCGGCUGGGUGGAGAGCUGCAGCUGCCCCGCCGGGUACGAGGGCCAGUUCUGCGAGAGAUGCUCCCAGGGGUACAAGAGGCAGAGCCCUGCCGACGGGCCCCUCAGCCCCUGUGUGCCCUGCAAAUGCCGUGGGGGGACCUGUGACCCCGAGACUGGAGAUUGUUACUCAGGAGACGAGACACCUAGUGGAGACGUCUGUUCCUCUGGAUAUUACUUUGAUCCUGCACAACGUGGCUGCCGGAGGUGCCCGUGUCCCCAGGGGGGGACCUGCUCGGUGACGCCGGGGACUCUGGAGGUGAAGUGUGACCGCUGCGCACCUGGGGUCACAGGCCCUCAGUGUAACCUGUGCGAUGACGGUUUCUACGGUGACCCCCUGGGGGAGCACGGCCCCCAACGGCCGUGCCGGCGCUGCCAGUGCAGUGGGCACAUGGACCCCAACGCUGUGGGCAACUGCGACCACGUUACCGGGGAGUGUCUCAAGUGCCUGAACCACACCAGAGGCUUCCACUGUGAGCUCUGUGAGGAGGGCUUCUACCACAGCCAUGCCUCCGACGUCUGCAAGUCCUGUAACUGCAACCCGAUGGGGUCCGUGUCAAACACGUGUGGAGACAGCGGUCAGUGUUCAUGCAAAGAGGGCUUUGAAGGGCUCAGGUGUGAGAAGUCUUCGUGUCCAGCCUGCUUCGACCAGGUCAAGAACAAGAUGGAGAGAUACCUGUCCAAGCUGAGGGAGAUGGAGUCUCUGCUAGAGGGGAUCAGGGGCGGCAGCGUCCCCGUGACUGACGCCCAGAUGGAGAGGAUGCUCGGGGAGGCGGAGGCUCUGGUGAAAAGCAUGCGGGAGAGCUCUGACGUGCUCUCAGGCACAGAGGCACUGCUGCAGUCCCGUCUCAAAAAGAUCAACAGCGCCCACGUCGUUGGGGCCAGAGACCUGCAGGCCGUGUCCUACACUGUGGACAGCAUUAAGCAGCAGGACCAGAGCUACCAGAGGAAGGUGGCCGACACCCAGCUCCUCAUCGACGCCGUCCGCCGCAAGCUGGAAACUGCCAAGCGGGACAUCAGAGAGGCCGAAUUCCCAUCGGGUGACGAGGCGGCUGAAGGGAGUAGCACCUUCUCCCACCUGGCACUGAAGGCCACUGCGCUGGCAGACAAGCACCAGAAGGAGGCGGAGACAGUGGAGCAGACGGCGAAGGGCGCGCUGGCGGAGGCGGAGAAGGCACUGGUCCUCAUGCGCUCUGUCAUCACUGGGGAGAACAAGGUCACCGAGCUGGUCAACGACCUCAAGACCAAGUUUGACAGAAGCUCCGCCCGGGUGAAGGCCCUGGAGGGACAGGCCACUCGCCUGAGCUCCUCAGCCGAAGAGGAAAGCAGGGUGGCGAUGGACGCCUUGAGACAGAUCGCCUCCCUGAAGAAGUCCAUCCCAGGCCCUCUCAAGACGGAGAUGGCUAGCGUGGCCGCGGCGUUGAAGAACCUUACAGGCGAUGUCACGGGGAAUCUGACGGAGUACGACAACAUCCUGUCCUACAUCCAGACGGAGCGGGCGGAGCUUGAGGACCUCCUGGCCAAGGGAUUAGCCGCUCAACAGAAGCCUGAAAUGCUUCUGGCGAAAGCAAACGCCGUUAAGGCAGAUGCAGAGAAUUCUUUGAAGGACAUUGUCGCGAACCUGGAUGAGGUUGAUGAAGUCCUUGACAAGCUGAAAGAUUUUGAUAAGCAGAUCAGCUUGAACAAAGCCGAAGCGGAGGAGGCCAUAAAGAGGCUCCCGGGCAUCAACGCCACCAUCCAGCAGGCAGUGGGCAGCAACUCCAAGACCUUGCUCCUCCUGGGCAACGCAGAGGGAGACUACAGUGACGCCCUGGAGACUGUGAGCAAGCUGGACGACGCUUUAGCAGGAAUGCAGGGAGCCCCCGACACUUUGACAGCCUCUUCCAACCUGCUGAAGGACAGCACCAGGUUCGCGGAGGACCUGAAGGGCCUGCAGGCCCAAGCCACGGCCACGAGUGAGAAGCUGGAAGCGGAGAAGGCCCUCGCCAAACAGCAGAACAAGAUGGUGAAAGAGGCUGCUGCAGGGGCCGUCGGCGCACAUAGCAACGCGAAGAACGCCCAAGAGGCUGUGGGGGAAACCCUGAAGGCCAUCAAUGACCUCCUGAGUCUGCUCGGCCAGCCAGGCAGUGUGGACGAGGAGCGACUGGCCAAGCUGGAGGGGUCCAUGGUAGACUUCCACGGCCGGGUGAACGGGCUGGCAUCCCACCUCGAGAGGCUGGAGGAGAUGGAGGCCAGGCAGAGGGAGCAGCUCUCCAGCAUGGACACGGACAUCAGCAACAUCCUGGAUGACAUCAGCAACCUGGAGGACAUCCGCAAGGCCAUCCCCACAGGAUGCUACAACCUGGGGCCCAUUGAGAGACCGUAAGGGUCUGCCAUCUCGAAUCCCGGGACUUGAGGCGUAGCAUGACGGUGUGCAUCCAACUGCUUUCACCAGGGCUCUCAAGAGGCGUGCUGAAACUUUUACUUACCUACCAAAAACUGGAUGUUCUCACGAGUGUUCCAUCCCGGUAAAUUUCCCCCCGUAUCCUCCUCAUGAUUUCCUCUUCUUGAAACCUGUUUUUCAGCUAAUAAUGUCCUCCGUGAAUGUAAUACAGUGUGUAUCAUUUUAAACUCAGUGACACCUAAUACAUCACAAACUGGGUAUUCUUCCAAUGUCCAGCAGUAUUUUGAAGUUUUUAAAAGCAUCAUGUGUAUCAUGGUA